UCUUGUGGUUCUUUCUAGGUAUCCAAUAGAAAAAGCACUCUCCAGUGUUCAUCUGUGGAACUGGAUGGUUCCUACUUGAGUGUAGCCAGACCGCAGACCUACUAUCAAACUAAGCAAAGACCUAAGUCUGCAAUCCAGGAUUCAGCUUCAGAAUCCCUUAUAGCAUUUAGGAAUAAUUCUUUGAAACCAGUAACCGUUCAUCAUCCCAAAGAUGAUCUAGGUAAGAUACCAUCAGAGACCACAACAUGUAAUUAUGAAUCUCCAGGGAGAAAACCAGUAGAUGCAGUCCCAACAGAGAAAAUGCCACAAGAAGAAUUGCACAUGAAGGAAUGUCCACACCUUAAGCCUGCUCCUAGUCAGUGCUGUGGUCAUAGACUUGCUGCAGAUCGUGUUCAUGAGAGCCAUUCUACAAACAUGGCCCCUCAACAUCCUAAGACACAUUCAGAAUCAUGCAGUUAUUGCGGACUUUCUUGGGCAUCUCUGUUGCAUGGUGGAGGGGCGCUGCAACCAAAUGAAACUUUGAAAAAGCAGAUCUCAGAAGGUAGAAAGCAGCAACUGAUGCUUCAGAAAAUGGAGCUGGAAAUUGAGAAGGAACGCCUUCAGCAUCUGCUGGCCCAGCAGGAGACAAAGCUUCUUCUAAAACAGCAACAGCUUCACCAGUCUCGACUGGAUUACAAUUGGUGA